GCGUUUGUUGUUAUGUUGCUCCGUUGUUGCGCUGCUCUUCAACUCAGAAUUUAUUAUCGCAUUUGGUUGUGACGUUAGUUGCUUGGUUGCUUGCUUGCUUGUUGGUCGCUCGUUAAAUAUUCGCACUUGCCCCUUGCAACUGUAAUGAACUUUUAAGUAAAGCGCGAACAUAAAAAUUAAAAUAAAUACCAAAAGCGAUAAAUGCAAAUUUGCCGCAUAAAUAUCAACAAUGGACUAAAUAGAGUGCAAAAAAUAAAAUACAUAAAUGAAUGCAAACAGCGGAAUUUCAUUAAUAUUUGAUAAUUCAAAUUAGUCAAAAACGGCGUUGAGCCACUGGGUAUUGACACCAAAAACGACCCGUUUUUGCCUCAGUGACUUUUCACGCCUGUGUAUUGCAUCAGCCAGCAGUAGACUAUCCUUUCCUAAAGUGCAACGUGCAAAGCCGUCCCUGAAGGUGUGUGUGUGUGUGUAUUCCUACGUACAUAUACUGCACAUUAUUGCUGCAGUGCUUUUGUGGCUGACUGACGUCGUCUCGUUGUAGCCCGCAUGCAUUUCCGUUGCCCCCACAUGCCAUGAUGCGUUACUCGGAAAUCUCCAGAGAAUUAUCAUCGGAUAGCUUGCGUUACGUUGAACUGGGUGACGAGUACAUCUAUAAGAAUUUGCGUGAGGAUUCACCACGCAGCGAUACUCAAUCCAAUGGUAGCAACGGAUAUAUGGCGCCACCAACACUCAUUUCCAACAAUCAUCACCAACACCUUACACAACAGCAGCAGCAGCAGCAAUCUCAUGCUCAACAGUUUCAACAACAACAACAACAACAACAACAACAAGAGCAUUCACGUAAUAACUACACUAAUUCGAUGAGCAAUUGCGGCCAACAACACUCCGCCAACAAUAUACGCAAUUCGAAACGGUAUUCGUGUGGGCGUGACCGCAGUCAUGAUGGCGCUUCCACCAUUUCCUAUAUGCGUCCACGCAAGGAUAGCACACGUUCGACACAAAGUUGUCAAUUCGAUGCGGAACAGUUGACGCAGGCAAUUGCUAGCAAGACAAUGCAUGUGAAGAGUAGUCGUCGCAAAAAUUCCAUUGGCUGUUUGAAUUCGUUAUCCUCAUCGCCGGGCUCACCCGGUUGCUAUUAUUGUGUUGGCUCCGCUCCACCGCCCGGCAAGAGUCAGAGUUUGCCAGCACGUUCGUCUAUGAAUAAUUUAGAUGCGGUCAUUUUGAAUGCUUUACGUGUGCCCGCUGAUGAAUUGGCCAAUCAGAUUACACUUUUGGAUUUUCCCAUCUUCGCCGCCAUACAACCGGACGAGUUGACUAGUUGCGCUUGGACGAAGAAGGACAAACAUGUUGUUACACCGAAUAUAGUUGCAUUUACGAAACGUUUCAAUCAUACCAGCUUUUGGACUGUGCAGGAGAUUUUGAGUGGCGAGCAGCCAAAGCAGCGUGCGGAAAUACUGACACAUUUCAUUAAGGUGUCCAAGAAGCUGCACGAACUCAACAAUCUGCAUUCGCUGUUCGCCAUCAUUUCUGCCAUGCAAAGUGCCAGCAUUUUCCGUUUGAAAAAGACUUGGGCUUGCCUCUCCAAAAAAGAUAGACAAGCAUUUGAACGAUUAAGCGAUAUUUUUAGUGAUCAAAAUAAUUGGGAGAAUUUACGUGCCUACUUGGAAAGUUUACGCCUACCAUGCAUACCCUAUUUGGGUCUUUUUCUAACUGAUCUAAUUUAUAUUGAUUUGGCGCAUCCGCAUAAGGGUGGUCUGGAGCCCGAACAGCGACGUAAUAAAAUGAAUAAUAUAUUGCGUGUCAUUGCCAACUAUCAACAAUCGAACUAUACGCAUAUACUGCCAAUUGAGGCCACACAAAAGUACUUGACUUCGAUACGCUACAUUGAGGAAUUGCAGAAUAUUUUCGAAGAGGAUCAAUACAAAAAAUCCUUAAAAUUGGAGCCUGCCUCACCGUCCGGUCCGAGUUCCUCCUCUUGCAGCUCGAAAGAGUCCUUCAAUGUGGAUGCAGUUACACCAGCGCUUGCUUGCUUGAACCUCUCACCUGCCAAAACGAUCGGCUCAAUGCGUAUAGCCAAUAGCAGUGGUAGUAAAUUCAUACCCGGCCAUCGUAAAUGUCGCAGUCUGGGCACAAAAUUUCGUAGCACCAGCUUGCCACGAAACUUCUAUCACAAAUGUCAAUGUUCCAUUUUGAUGAUCGCACCUGGCAUUGGCACGAUUUCCAAUAAGCGUUGUAGAUGCAGUCGCAUUUUCGGCAAAAUAACACACUCUCACAAUGACAGCAACAACUAUGGCAAUCCCUCUACCAUGAUGCUGGGCUACGGCGACGAACAUCACUUACAUGACUACAGCAUACUGAGUCAGCAGCAACAAGCACGCCAUCCGCUAGACGAUUCGGUGUUGGAGCACAGCAGUAACAUGCUUAGUAGCGGUGAUGCCACCUCGAAUGAUAGUGUCGAAGGCGUACUCUGCCAUAACAGCGACUUAGAGCAGAUCUAUGCGCCCUCGCUCGAUCUCGACCGCUGUGUGCAGGGUUGCGUGCGACGUAAAACUGUGCAGAAGGAGGGACGCAAGCCGGCCGUCGCCUCAUGGCAACGUUACUGGCUACAAAUAUGGGCCAAUUCACUUGUCUACUUUCCGCCCAAAUCGUUUAAAGGCAGUGAGCGUAGCGAUUUCAAACGCGAGCCAUGUAAAGUGUGUCCACUCGAAGGUUGGUUUGCGCAGGUGGUCGACAAUACGAAACAUAAAAACUCAUUUGAAUUGUAUCAUCGCACAAUCGGCACGAUCUACAAAUUUCGCACGGAUAGCGCUCAAGCGACACAGCUAUGGACCAAUUCCAUUUGUAAGGUGGCAAUGCAGCGUAGUGUACCCAAGCCGCUGCCCAUCAAUUUGAUGUCGUUCGAGUGAUUUGUUAAAGGAAGAUUAGAUAGUGUUAAAUGUGUCAAACUCAAAUGGGGUAAAAAUAUGCAAGAAGUACAUACACAAACAGAUUUGUAAACAGCUGUGUGCAAAAUUAUAUUCAUUUGUACUUGUUGUGGCUUUGACUAUAUACUCUUUGCUUCGAUUAUUGUUUGCUGCUUUCGUUUAACUUGUCUAUUGAUUGAGUUAUCAAGCCCAUACAUAUAAGUAUCUGCAAUUUGACGCGAAUGUGGGUGAAGACAACAGAAUACAUAUACACAUUUACAUAACUAAAUGAAAAAAGAACGAAUUAAUUCUUUAAAGACUGAUAAAUGUCUGGGCAAAUAACUCAAAGAACUCAGAAGAAACUCAAAAGAGUCUCAACGGAAACUGGAAGUAAAAUAAAAGUAAAAUCAAAGUUGACGAAACUUCACAGUAAAAUAAACGGAUGUAACUUUCUUAUCAUACGGUUUUCUUGUGCAGCAGCUACUGCUGUCAAUUUGUAUUAACUAGUUAAUAAUUACAUACGAAUUUUUCUAAGCAAAUUUUUCUAAGGCAUUUUAACUGUUACAUUAAUACUCAGAUAUAUGGAUAUACAAUUUUUUUUUUGAUAUUUCGAGUGCAUUUAUAGGGUUCGAAGAGUUUUAAAUUAUCAAUCGUUACUGGGAAGUAUUAUUUUAGUGAGAAUUUGAAAACAUGUAUGCAAUUUUGUUUUUCUUUGGAGAUCUUGCAAUUCUCAUCUAUCGCUUCAGGGGUUGGUGUUAGUCGAAAAAUUUAAUUUUAAAAAGAAUUUUAAUAGAUUUUUGGUGAAAACCAUUAAUCAGACUCACAAAAAAGUAUAUUCACGGAUGACAAUUUAAACAAAAUCGACCAAAAAGUAAUGAAAUUGAUGUGAAUAACCAAAAUAGUUUGCAACAGGAGUAAAUAAUGAGCUAUUCGCGCUUAAAUUGAACACAAAUUGUAAGUUUUCACAUAAUUGAGGUAACAAAAUGUUGAACAAAUUUCCAAAACUAUUCUUCGAACCCCCUCAUUAUGCACUUCUAUAUUGGUAUAGUCAAGAAUCUUGCAACUAGUAGAUUUUUUAAUAGCAGCCUGCAAUCAAUUUUCAUGCACAUUUUUCAAAGCUUAUGCGUGCUCGCGCACAUAUAAAGAACGCUUUGGCACACUUCAAUGAAGUACUAUAUAAAAUUAUAAAUUAAAAUUAAGAGAAAUAUUUGUGUAUUUUUUAGCAUUUCUACGGUUAACUAUUAUAUUAACAAAUUUUGCUAUUUAAAAUAUAUACAUGCAUCGAUACAUAAGCACACUUUGAAGACUUGUGGGGAAACACUUAUAGAACUAAAUAUUAAAAGCUUUAUGACUGUAGUAGAGAUACCAGUUGAAAAAUAAAAUAUAUCUAAUUUCUAAAUCAAUUCGAAUUCAUGCAAUGUUGCUGUUGUAAAGUCUGAAGUCAUUGCUUUGGUUUUAUUUUUGCAUAACACUUUGAGCGCAAGGUUGGAAUUCGCAUUAAACCUUCCCAUGAGAAUAUCAGUGCCAAUAACAGUACUAGAGUAUAAAAGCCAAAUUCGAUUUUAAGUAUUUGGCAGAGCAAGAAGUCAUUGCGCAUCUUUUUAUGUUUUCCAAAGAAAAUUACUUAAAUAUAAUCUAUGAUAUAUUCCUCGUAUUGUUCUAUGGCUUUUUGCAGUCUUUCGGUGAGCUUGAGCCGUUUUUUUGGAGUCCUAUCUUUAUUGACGAAUAAUUGAACGAGGUACUUAUUUACUGACUCAUCUAAAAGUAAUGGUAUUCCACGCAAUGAGUUGUAAAGAGAGCAGAAUAAAAGGAAGUCUGCCGACGCAAGACCAGACCGCACAUACAAUUUUUAUUUAUUUCUUGGAAAGAGAUAAAUCCUCGAGAAACGAAAAAAAUAACAGUGGAAGUAAAAAAGUUUUCUUUCAAAUAUUAUCAAUAAAGGAUAUCUCAGCUAUUAAACUCUUCAUAAGAUUCAGAAAAUAUGCCCGUCUUUCUAGUGUUAACGUUUUCCGUAGUCAUAAAUUUGCGUUCGAAGUGUUAAGUAGGGUAAGGCCAAGGCGUAUUAAAUACAUUUUGGGUAAGGCUCAGUUGAGUGCUUAUAUUUGAAGCUGUUGUAGUUUUGAUAAAGGAACUUGUGAAAAAUUAAAUAACAUGCAAACAAUUUGUAUUGAAAAUUUUUAUUUAAGCAUUUACAAACUAUUCUUUAUGCUAUAUUUUAAUUAAUAAUUUAUAAAAAUCUACAGCAGCAGUUUUGUUCAGUUAAAAUGCCCAGUAAAUAUAAUUUUUAUAACUAAGCAAUUGCUUGGUAUGACUCACUGGAGAAUAAGUUAGCAUUAAAAUUAGAUUUACAGUGAAUAUUUUUAUUUUUUUUUAUAGUAAUUAUAACAACGACUUAAGUAAGAUUUAUCUAUCAUAGUUUGCCUUAGCGCUUUGCGAAUACUCUUAUUACAUUUCUGUAAGCGUUCAAUAUAACGUGUACUACGUACA